AAAUUCUCUGUCUUUUUUGUUUGUAUAAAUCAUUGGUUAACCUUGAUGCAGAAACCAGUUGAUUGGUCUGCUUCCCCUGUAGUCUUAGUGUUUUGAUUUAGUCUCUGUUGUCCCAUUUUGCAUAAUUCAAUUAAACAUGGCAAACGACUCCAUGGCCGCCUUUCUUCAUUCUGGCCUUUCAUGUUAUUUUUUCCUCUUCCUUUUUUAGCUCUUCUGUAGUUUGUUAUUUACUUCAUAAUAAUUUUACUCUAAUCUUAGCGUGAAUUUAGAGUUAACAAUAGGAUUUGGUCAUUUUGAGUCUUUUCAUUGUGUGAGCCUUAGGUUGAUGAUCCCUAUCACCUUUUUCUUCUUUCCAUGCAAUAACUGUACCUUUGCAGGUGCUAUGCUCCUCUAACGUUAAGGAUAUUUUAAUUUUAAACCUUUAAUUUGUAAGCUUGCCCUCUCAUUCUUCAGAGGUAUGGAGUUCGUACCAUUGUCGAAGAAUUUAGUGAGUGUGAUGCUUGAUGUGGAAUUACUCAAAACAUUUAACUUUAUGUACCUCUAACGCAUCUUGGACAGCUUUCUGGGACAGUUUCUGGAAUAAUAUGUCAUCGGGGCCAGUAUGUUUGAUGCUUCUUAUGGCCUCCAAGCUGGUGAACUUGCUUCUGAUUUAAAUUUAGUGUUAACUUGCCCAUUUUUCUUGCAGCUUUCUUUUUCCUCUUCUGUUUAGAACACCAAAACACUAUCCUGAACUUUGGGUGUUGCCAGUUUCAUUUUGUUGCUUCCACAAUAUUCUGGCUAUCUGCAUGUGGAAGCUACAAGAUUUAUAUUGUAAACACUUAAGGAAGUGUAUCUCAUGAAAUUUUGUAAUAGUACAAGACCCUUGUUUGGCGCUUCACUCUUGAAUAUUUCAUCAUGAAUCAGCUGAAUGUAUAUUGAGGCAGGGUUUUGAUAUGGAAGCUCAGUGCCUUAAAAGCAGGAUAGCGGUUAUUAUGUUGAGCUGCUGGGGCGAGCGUUUUCCAUAUGUUGAGGAAUCUCUUAUGGUCUACAUCAAAACAUGAUGUGUAUCUGAUGCAAAACUACUCCGUGAUGCACUGGUCCUCACUUCUCAGGAAGGGAAAAGAAGUGCUAAAUGUUGCUAAGCCGUUGGUGCCCACUAUGAAAUACCCUGGAUCAGUGUCUCAAACACUUUCUCGAGUGCAAAUCAGCACUUUGGCAGUCAGAGAUGGUUUAAUGGCUGCUGGUGGUUUCCAAGGGGAGCUUAUCUGUAAGUAUCUACACCAUCCUGAAGUUGCAUUCAGUACAAAAAUAAGCAACGAAGAGAACGCCAUAACUAAUGCUGUGGAUAUUUGUUAUAGUCCGACUGGCUCGAUGAGGGUAAUCACUGCUAAUAAUGAUCAGCAAGUCAGAGUUUUCGAUGCGAAAAGCUUCGCUUGCACCAGUCAUUAUACAUUCCCUUGGUCUGUUAAUAACACCUCUGUUAGCCCAGAUGGUAAACUACUUGCUGUCCUUGGUGAUAGUCCAGAAUGUCUAAUUGCUGAUGCUCAAAGCGGGAAGGUUGUCAGCAACCUAAAAGGUCACCUAGAUUAUUCAUUUGCAUCAGCUUGGCACCCGAAUGGAACAAUUUUGGCAACUGGUAACCAAGACACAACUUGCAGGUUGUGGGAUAUAAGGAACACAUCACAGUCUAUAGCAGUACUCAAGGGAAGGAUGGGUGCUAUCCGUGCAAUCAAGUUCACGUCAGAUGGAUGCUUCAUGGCCAUGGCUGAGCCAGCUGAUUUUGUCCACAUUUUCGAUACACAAUCUGAUUAUGGCGCCUGUGAAGAGAUUGAUUUGUUUGGCGAGAUUGCUGGGAUAUCCUUCAGCCCCGAUACUGAAGCUCUCUUUAUUGGAGUGGCAGACCGAACCUAUGGAAGCUUGUUGGAGUUUAACCGUAAACGUAGUCACCACUACCUUGAUUAUGUUUUGUAGUGAAAGGCGCCUGACCUUGUGGUUUAAUUUAGGGCAUCUGCUUGUUUGGUGUAUAGUUUGUGUAUAGUUUGCCGGCCUUCUAUGACGAUGCAGGCACUUCUAGGAUUUGGAUAACUAGUGCGAUCUCGAAAGAGCUAUGAUGACGUUCCAGUGGCUGACUUUCUAGGGACUGUUUCUGCGGAAGCAUAUUAUUAAUCUGAAGCAGGAAGGUUUUGCAGUAGUAAAUGCAAAUCGCAGUGGAUUUUGUAUAUCAGAACAAACUAAACUUUUGUUAAUGGAUGGCCAAUUUUAUCACAA